GGGAAAAGCGUAGGAAUUGAUAGAGAAAUGAAUAAGAAGAAAGGUGUGUGGGGAGAGAUAUCUGCGCGCGCAUGUGAGGUAGCCAAUGAGGACGCAGCUCACCGGGGAAAGGCAGCCAAUGGAGAGCGAGAUCCUGCCACAGUGAGAUUUGCGCGCCAAAAUACAAGCGCCAUGUUGAUCUCUGAGAGGCAGUGGUGACGCUGGACCUCUCUGACCAUUUUUUGGAUUAUCAGUGGUGUGAGCGAGAGACAGUGAGCCUAGAUGAGCAUGGUUCGCGCCUGAUAUGGGUGUGAAGCCUCCGAGAAGGGAAUAAUGUCUCAAAGCAGCAUACACAGCACCAGCAGCAGCACCACCAGCAGCGCCACCAACACCCCUUCCAUGGCAGUGACGGAGGAGGACUGGUGCUCUGGCGACGAGGGAAGCGAUGAGGAAUACGAGGAAAGCUCUUCCCUGGACGGCGAGGUGGGAGCCACGUGCGGCAGCCAGGGCAGACUCAAGAAAUUGGUGAAUAAAGGACGCUGGAACAAGGAGGAGGAUGAGAAGCUGAAGGGCCUGGUGGAGCAGCACGGGGAGAAGUGGGAGGUGAUCGCUGGCUGGUUCCUGGACCGAAGUGACGUGCAGUGUCAGCAGAGGUGGCACAAGGUGGUCAACCCCGAGCUGGUGAAGGGGCCCUGGACGAAGGAGGAGGAUGAGAAGGUGAUCGAGCUGGUGGACAAGUACGGCCCCAAGAGGUGGACGCUGAUCGCCAAGCACCUGAAGGGCCGCAUUGGGAAGCAGUGUCGGGAGCGCUGGCACAACCACCUCAACCCAGCCAUCAAGAAGAGUGCCUGGACUGAGGAGGAGGACCGCAUUAUCUAUGAGGCACACAAGCAGUGGGGGAACCAGUGGGCCAAGAUUGCAAAGUUGAUUCCUGGCAGAACGGACAAUGCCAUCAAGAACCACUGGAACUCCACCAUGCGCCGAAAGUAUGAGGCAGAGAUGACGGCAGCAGGGAGGAAGAAGGCUCGGGGCAGCACAGCAGGUGGGGCAGCAGGACGCCAGCCACCCCAGCAGCAGCAGCAGCCACAACCCCCUCAGCCUCACUAUGGGCAGGAGUACUACCACCUGCUUGACAUGAUGGGUCCUCCACUGAACCACCCAAGCAGCAGCCACCACCACCACCACCCACACCACCACCACCACUCCCAGAGCCUGCCACCACCACCCCCUCCACCCAUCAACCUCUACCCCACCAGCAGCAGUGCCAGUGGGGGUGGGAGUGGGGGGUACCAGCCUUCAGGGGGAGGUGGCACUAGUGGUCAUGCUCCCCCACCUCCUCACCAAGAGUAUCACCCCCACUAUGAUAUGGGACCCCCUCCCCCCACCAUCAGUGGGCCCGUUCCUGUUAAGAACACGUCGCCGUAUGAUCAGGACUCGUAUUCCCAGGGUUACUGGGACCAAAACAACUCGUAUGGAGGCAGUUAUGGAGGUGCCUUGGGUCCCCCCGCCCCCUCGUCAACUCCCGUGCACCCCGUCCCCUCCCCGCACUCCCUCCAGCCGGGCACCAUCAUUGAUAACAUGGGUAUGAGGAUCAAGAUUGAGGGGGAGGAGGGCUGCUCUCCCCAGAUGACCUCCCCAGCGAGCCUCGUGGGUCCUGGAGACUCCCCACAUCCUGGACAGACAAUUCUCCAGACCACCACACCACCACCAGGAGAGCCUACACCACCGCAGCAGUACUCCCACUUCACCCCUCUCACCCCACACCCCCACAACACACCCUUACCCCAGGAGCACCAACUUGUUCCUCCCCCAGCCUCCUCCAAUUCCAACAGUCCCUCUCUCAAUCAAGGCUUCCUGCUCACGCCUGACAAGAGUGCUAUCUAUCACGACCUGGGUAUCAUCUCUCCUCUCAACUUUGAGGAGUUGGGGUCCCUGUCGCCCCUCAAGCCAGACCGAGGCCUCGAGGCGCUGAAAAAUGAGCUGGACAUGGGAGCCUUUGAGCUGCUCACCUGUAGCCCUGUCAAGAUAAAGCAAGAGAUGGCACAUGAGUUAGCCAACAUCAUGUCAACCCUUCCUUCCUCAUACACAACCAGUUCCUCAUCCUGUUCCACCUCCUCCACUGUUGUAGCAUCCACCAACUCCAACCUCACCACCACUACCACCUCCUCCACCUCCAUCCCCUCCAGCCAGCCCCCCUCCACCUCUGCUGCUUUCACCACCACCACCUCUUCAGCUCUCAACAGCAGCACCAGCAGCCACCACAACACAUCCUUUGCCUCCCUCAACUCCUCCCGCCUGUCCACCCCUCCCAUUCUGAGGCGUGGGAGGAGGAAACAGCCAUCUCCUUCCAAGAGACACCUUUCCAUCCAGUCUUUCCUGCAGGAAAACAACGACAGCCUACUCACCACACCGCAGAAGGUCAGCCCAGUGCACACCCUCCCCUUCAGUCCCUCACAGUUUCUCAACAGCCCAAACAUCUCCUUUGAAACCAGCCUCACCUCCACACCAGUCCUGCUCGCUGGGCUCCCAUCAUCCCAGUCCACACCAGUACACCAACCACCCUCCUCCACCUCCAACAAUGGCACCUCCACCACCUCCACACCACCCAGUGCCGCCACCACAGCAGUGACCUCCGUGGCUACCUCUGUGUCAGCAUCAGCAGGGCAGCCCAGGACACCCAAAUCAAGGCGUGCCCUGCUGCAGCCCACCCCCAAGACUCCCACGCCACUCAAGAAUGCACUGCGUGAGAUUGAGAAGAAGAGUGGGCCCCUCAAGCAUUUUCCACAGACACCCACACACCUGGAGGACAUCACAGAAAUCAUUCGGAAGGACACAGAGAAGGAGCGCACCAAGUUUGAGACCCCAGCCUCUGCAGGCACUGUCCCUCGUAACCAGGUGGGCCAAAAGCAGUCCGGCAUAUACGACAGUGGUUAUGGGACACUGAAGCGCAAGGCCCCACCCACCAACAAUGCCGGGGGUAAGGAGAAUUCCCCCAGCAAGAAGGCACGCAAGGCUCUCCUCCACUCCUGGUCCACCCCAGGGGAGAUACAAGUCCCAGGGUUUCGCUCCGAGCCUCUCGCACUCAUGCCCGAGACACCAAGCAAGAGCCUGAUUGGAGACUCGUCCGUCCUCUUCUCCCCUCCCUCCAUCAUCCGAGACACCCUUCCAGAGGAGACUCACCCUCUCAACUCUCCUUCAAUCCUUCCCGACAAGACCACCAAGAAGCCGAGCGAGCCAGUUAUUGGUUGCGUUAAGCGGAUUGCCUUCUCUGACGGCCACACCAGCAAGGCCACCCUGUCCAAGCUUGAUGUGCGAUGGGAGAUGGUGGCCUGCGGAAAGACAGAGAACCAGCGGCGUCUGACAGAACAAGCUCGUCAGUUCGUCACCCAAAACGCGACACUCAAGCCACGCUCACUCAACCUGUAGAGGCGGAGCAUGAGAGCAAGAACAGCCACACAUGUAGGCAAGGAAGCAUGCAAGAGAAACACAGCAGUAACAAGAAAAAGUAGUAGUGAUUUAUGGUGACUGGAUGCUCCUUGAGAAACAUGAUGGUAGCAGGAGGCAGUGAUGUGGACAGCUCUGUAAAUGCCCCUCUAGAAAUAAGUAACAAGAGGUCGUGUUGAUAGAGAUGUUUCACUGACAAAUGUAAUCACAGUAACAACAGCAGAGGGACACCAGCAGCACCAAGAGGCAGUAAUUUCUCAACACACUAAAAACUCUUUCAGCAACUUACGUAGCAGUCAAACACACCAGAAAAGUUGUGAAGGGGUAUGUUAUUGGUGUUAGUGAUGAACUGAGUGAGUGAAUGGAAGCAAGCAGUGCCUUACAAACACAUUGGAAACAGAGCACAAUUGGUGAAAGGUUCUGAUUCUUGGCUGUAGUGAUGGGGGCAGUGUAGGAGUGUAGUAUCAUCACACCACCAGUACAGUGUUGUUGGGGUGAGUGCAGUAGCCUUGAAAAGAUGAUGGUGUGUACUUAACUGAUCUUGAGCCCUGAUCUUGGAAGUAUACUAACCUUCUGUAGUGUUGCAGUGGCCAUUGAUGUGAAAAGGUGUAGUGUUGUGCCUAAGAAGGGUCCCUUUAGUGUUCCUGUGCUCUGGUGUUUCUGUUGCACAUUGCCCACUGAUUGUAUGACAUGAAACACAAACCAUUUAGAUUAAGCUUGUGGUAAUAGUCUAGAUUUCACCUCACAAGUACAAGCCAACACAUGCACACGCACACACACACACACACACACACACACACACACACACACACACACACACACACACACACACACACACACUGUGGUGUGGUCUCAGUCCAACCCAGAGAUCAGUCUAUGAGCUCUGAGCUUACUCUGUAAUGGGAAAAGCUGGGUGGAUGACCAGCAGGCAACUCUGAAUACACACACACACAAACACACACACACAGAAUCAAGCAUCAGAACAAAAAAAAAAGAAAAAAAAACUGUCAUCCUGCUGUAUGUAUGUAUGUCCAUUGUUUACUGUAUGUGUUAUUGAUUACUUUGCGUGCAUGUGUGUGUUCUUGCAAAUUUUAUGUAUCGGGAGGAAGAAAUAAGAAACAGGAGGAGUAAGAAGAGGAGGAUGGUAGUGAAGAAGGAGGAGUAGAGCUUUGAGUACCUUAUGUAAGAGUAGUGUUGACUGGAUGGUUAGCAAAUAGCAAGGUUAGUGUUGGGGACAUUGGUCUGCUGAGGUGCUGGGACAUGUCUGUGUCUGUGUCAUCUAUUCUUUCUCACUGUCUUGUGGUUUGUUUUUUCUCACUGCCUCUCUAUUCAUCCAUUCACGAGUCAGUCUCUUCCUCUAUGUCUCUCUGUUCCUUCACAUGUCUCAGCCUCGGCAAGCACCUCUGCCCCCAUUAGGAUGUACAUUUAGAGAAAGUCCCAGUUAUGAAACCAAAGGAUACAGGGGCCCAUUGAGGGAGGGUGGGAGGGGGGAGGGUGUGGGCUGAGGCAGGGCAUGCAGGUCAGGUGGGCUUACCUCACCAUGUGGAGAGAACAAGAAUUAGCAGGAAGAGGAGGAGGAGGAGGAGGAGGGAGGGGAAAUGAGUGGUGGUGAUGGCACUGUGAGUGUUAUUUUUUGUUGUUUUUUUCUUGCACCUUUUUGCUGUUUUACCUGCAGAGUUGAUAUUUUUGAGGGCACUCCCUGGGGGAUAUAUUAUAUACUACUACUACUACUACUACUAUACUAAUCAGUUUACCUUGGCGGUGCCCCGGGCUGACGUCUUUUCAAGUGCGGGUGAAUAGUACUACUGCUGCAGUCUGUCGGGAAGUCAGCGGAGGUAGAUUAUUGUUAGUUUCUCGCACACUUUUUUUUUUUUUUUUUUUUUUUUUUUUUUUUUUUUUAUACCUUACCUUACCUUACCUUGAGGAGGAAUGUUUCCUUUUAAUGUACUUAUUUUAUUUCUCUAUUUUAGGCUGCACAAAAUUUUCAACUGAGUUUUAAGAAUCUGUUCUUGUUUAUUUUAUUUUUGUGUCUUUAAUUUUUGUAGUACAGUGCUCUACUGUAGUGAGUCUGGUGGAGUCUGGUGGGACAUGAACAAAGGUUACUGUUAAUCUGUGAAUGCAUGUAGUCUUACAACAAACAAUAACUGUGUGUACUUUGUGUCAUGUUUACCUGUUUACCUGUAGCUGUUUGUGUUACUACUCUCACCAUUCACCAUCAGACUUGCUGUUUUUUUGUUCUUUUAUAUCACACAGUUCUCACUUUGGUUUUGGGUUUUAAUUUUCAAUCAGGUUCAUAAUUGUUUUAUUUUAUUCAUCUUUUUAUCCCCUCAAGGAGAACAUUGAAUAUGGCUUUAAUUUACAUCCCUCUCCUAAUACUAGAAGCAUCAUUAUUAUCAUUAUUGUAACUAUUCUCCACACACUAUUACUAUUACUACUACAAUUACCACUACAACAACCAGUACUGCUAUCAUAUUACUAUUACUACUACUACUUCUGUGUAUCAUUAAUAUUAUGUGUGUGUAUAGCAUUUCAUAUAUACAGCAUUGUGUAGUAGGUUGUGUAGAGUCUAUAGCAUUCAUUUUAUUUUACUUUAAAACAAACAAAAAAAUUAUACAAUUGGGAGCAUCACUGCACGUCCACUUUCCUGUGUCACUCAUCCUUGUCGCUUAGUAAGUCCAAGAUGUGUAGAGUAGUGUUCAGUGUAUUGCCUGUACUCUGUCUCCCUUGUCAGCAGAGAACACCUUUCCAUUCCAAUUCGUUGCAGUGAGAUGUGUGCACUGAUUGGUGUGUUAGGGUGGCACACAAGGGUGGUUGUGCAGUGGUGCUCAGGAUAAACUGGUAGAGUAGUGUUACCACAUAAGGAGAGAAGAGACAGAAAAGAAAGGAUUGGGAGGAAAAAUGAAAAGAGGAGAGGAAAUAACUCCAAACUUUUACCUGUGGAAGAAAUUGUGUAAUUCUGUGGGUGGGCAAAGAGAGAGGGAGAGUUGUGGGGUAGAGGAGACAGUGAGCAAUGACAUGCUGAAAAGUCCUUAAAAUUAAAGUACUGUGGCUAAAAACCAAAAAAUUAAAACAAAGUACAUCACCAAAGAAAUUAAGGAACUAAAUGUACAUAUGUACAUAAUAUAAACUGGAAACAAAUCAGCAGACAAAUCAGAGAGAGAAAAAAUUACACCAAGACGUCUAAAGGAAAUCUUAACCUAUGGUGACAUCACGUGUGUUGUCUGUGCCCACCCACACCUUAAGAAAGAGAAGAAGACGGGUGUGUGUUCCUGCCUCAAGUAGAAGCUGGAGACAAACCAAGGACAAAGAAAUUAAUAAAGGGAAGAGAUCUACAUAUAUAACUGGAAAGGAAAGAGAAUGUGCACACUGCAAGACCUGCUUUGAAUCAUUCCUCUACCCGCCCUGGUCAUGCUUGCUCCCAGGCUAAAAGAACUGCUCUGAGGCGCUAUGCUUUACGGAUUGGUGGUGUUUCUUUUAGGGUUGGUACACUCUCUAUGCUUUAAGAGGCAGGUAAAGGAAUGGUUGUCCAGGUGGUUGGGUAGUGAUCCCAAUGUUGCAGUUUAAUAUACGUAGUGCUUCUUCCCCAUGUUUAUUUUGUUCAUGUGAACUUGUAAUGUUUGUUUUCACCUAUAUAUGUAUAGCUUAAGAGCCAACUAUGCAUUCACCUCAUAUACACACGCCAAAAAAAGUAUAUACGUUUAUAUAUGAUUAUAUAUAUAUUUGUAAAGAAUUUUACGGAUACUGCUGUAACUUCUACUAUUUCUGCCAUUUCUACUUUAACUAUUGCUAUUACUACUUUUGCUACUGUUACAUCUACUUUUAACUGUUACUACUACUAUUUUUAUUACCUACUACUACUACUACUACUACUACUACUACUACUACUACUACUACUACUAGUUUAACUGCUACUGUACUACCACUUUUGUUUUAACUACUACUACUACUACUACUAUUACUACCAUAUAUAACAAAACUGAAGCAUUUACACAAAGUGGCAUUAGGAGCAGAGAGCUUUUCUUGUGCAUUCACUAAAAAAAGAAAAUUACUCUUUCCAUUCUGUUUCACUCAUCAUAAGCUUCAUCAUCACCACCAAUAUUACUGCUGUUAUUGCUUGUGUUGCUGAUUGUAAUUAAUAGCAGCAAUUCACAAAACAAGACAUUCUCUGAGUACUGAGAUGAUCAAGAGACAAAACUAACUGAUUGAAAGAUGUAUGUUCAUGUCAGCACCUCCUGGCUCUCUAGGAACUGUGGAUUGGCUUGCUACAGGCUACAUACACUAUAGUCAAACCAGGCUGAUUUGGUACUUUGGGCGUUGGCUGCAUCUAUCCCGCAUUGAAUUGAUGUCAUGUUUCCUCGACACGCACAUGGCAAUCUCUCUCUCUCUCUCUCUCUCUCUCUCUCUCUCUCUCUCUCUCUCUCUCUCUCUCUGUAAUGUGUCUAAUAUAAUACUUACUUCAUAUACGACUGUGUGGCUCAUUGAAUGUUUUUUGACUUGGAGAUGGAAGAAAAAAUGAAAAAUGCUGUAUAUCUUCCACUCUGCCAUCAUAUAGUGAAUCCUCCAUGCCACAUCCCGCUUCCAAUGGUCAGGUCAGGCCACACGGGGCUUGAGGUGGCAUGAGAACGAUAGGGUACAGCCAAUGCCCAAAGUACAAAAACUAGGCUGAGUUUACUAUAAUGCAUAAGGAAAUAAGGAAGGUUGCAAGCAGUUGUCAGGUGUACAGAUGGCAGUCCCUCAUCCAUAAUUUUGUGGUCUUAAAGUUCUAGAAUGACGCCACUAAGAACAGGUCACUGAGGCUUCCACAUAUAUACCAUGCUAUUUGAUCAAUUCCAUUAGUGAUUCCUGGAGACUCGUGUGUCAGGUUGUGGUAGGGAUGGGGGUGAGAAUAAACUUAGUCAUGUCAGAGUUUUAUAAUGGUGGUGAUGAUGGAGAUUCUUUGCCAAAAUAUGCAUUCACCAGCAGUGCAUAUACAGUAACAAGGCGCUAUCAAUAAGUUAGGUUUUCUCUCCUAGUCAUGAUUGCAGAAUCUCUCUCUCUCUCUCUCUCUCUCUCUCUCUCUCUCUCUCUCUCUCUCUCUCUCAUGGAAGUGAUAUAUACAAUUCAUUUAACUUUAUUUCAUAUCAUAUAGAAUACAUUAUUUUCUGCUGUCAUUUUGUUGUUCAACCUGUUUUCAUUGCUAGUACGUAUUAUUGUUGUUUUGCAUCCAUUGGCUUAACGUGUGUAUGUAAAAAGUACUUGUCACCGUUUCUUCCCCUUUCACGUGCACAGAGUGGGUGUGGUGGUGGUGGUGGUGGUCUGUGUGCGUUCUGGCAGCUUUGACUUGGCACCUCUUCUCUCCUGAUGCCCCAGUUUGUAGCUUCCAGGUGAAAUAUUGAUAUUUAUUUGUACUGAUUUGAUGAAAGGAAAUAAUAAUAUAAAAAAUAAAUACUCCCACUUAAUUGGUCCUGAUUGAGAACUGAAUAAAUAAAAUAAUGGC